AUGAAAUCUUCUCAUUUGUUACUUGCAAUUCCAUAUGAAAAAGAUUAUAGGAAAGCAACUUCAUGCUUAGUUUACGUAAAAAUACUUUCCAUGUCGACAUCUGCUGAGCGUAUUCGUCUAGUCAAAUACUCGAUUUUGCAAACAACACUUGCCCCAUCGAUCCUCUGUGACAUAUUCGUGUUCAUUUACUUCUUUCGUCAUUGGCGAAAAGAGAUUAUCAAUGCUCCGCACUAUCAUGUCACAUUAUGUUUACUCAUCGUUAGUUUUAUCCAAAAGACCACCGAUAUUAUAUUCCAUUUGUACUACUUACGAUGGGGCAUCGUCAUUCUUCCAACAUAUUCCUUCUGCGUUACUUGGAAUUGGUUGAAUUAUUCGUUAUAUUGUGUCAAUCUUGAUCUCGUCACGUGGUGUUGUAUUGAAAGACAUCUAUUUGUUUUCCAUAGUCAUUUAAUGAAGAAAAAAUUAGCGUUAAUUGUCUUUCAUUAUCUGCCAUUAACAGUAUGCUUAAUUUACACGCCUCUAUUCUAUUUGCAUUUCGUAUUUUUCCCAGAUCAGUGCACGAAUAGCUGGGAUUAUUCGUUGCUCUACUGCGGAGGGCCUUGCUAUCUAUAUAGUGAUCGACUUCUAGGUACAUUUGAUUGGCUCUUUCAUUGUGGCACACCGAUCCUGAUUAUAUUUUUCGCAAAUUUGCUACUCUUUCAACGAAUUUUAUGGCAAAAACUUCGUCGACAACGGCGAGUGAGAUGGAAGCGUCAUCGACGUUUAAUUCUUCAACUUGCGUUCAUUUCUAUUCUCUUCUUAAUAUUUGCCUCUCCUGCCGUAAUCGUUGGUUGUAUUCAACUUUUAUGGUUACCCACAUUUUUAUAUGACGUCCAGAAUGAUUAUUUCUAUUACGUUGGUUGUUUUAUUAAUCAAUUGUUGCCAUUUGUUAUUGUCAGCUCAUUACCAAAACUAAAUCAAGACAUACAAAGAAAAUUUGCUCAUCUCAGAAGACGAUUGUGUGGCCGGUUAAGAGUUCAACCGCUCGUGACAUUGACAAUGGCAGAUAUUAAUUACGGCACAGCUGCAAGGGCAUUUCCUCGAGUCACUCGGUAA